UUCAAUCAAGACAUAAACAUUGUCUUGAUUUAACUUAACGUAGUUUUCACAGUAUAAGUGUAUAAAAUAACGUAGUUUUCACAGUAUACGUGUAUAAAAAUUUUGUUAGUUUAUAUCACGAAAAAGUUUUUUGUAAAAUAUGACGAUCAAUAAUGUUACGUUUAAGGAUAGUAAUAAAAAUUCCAAUUGCAUUUCGCAACAUUCGAGUGAAUAUGAAUACGUAGCAGCGUUGAAAACCAUAUUUGAUAAAAAAUUAUUUCCGAAUGAUUUUGAUAUCUGGCCUGUACAAGAACAAUCUAUUUGGAUAACCAAAAAUAUCGCCAAAUUCUUUCCAAACACGCCAGAAUCGUUAUUAAACCUCAUGCCAGCUUGGUUUCGAGGAAUGAUCGAUCGAUCAGACGGAAAGAAGCCUGAAUGGUUGAAUAUGGAUAAAUAUCGUCGAGGACAAAAAUUUGUGCGCGACCAUUGGUUUUCUGUUGUAAUCUCCACAAUACUAGGCCUUAUGCAUAUUUAUUCUUUCAACGAUGCUUUAAAACCGAUUAUCAUAUCUAGAAAAACUCAUACGCCAUAUUUGGGAUUCAAAAGAUAUUUGGAAACUAUACGGCAUUUUUUUACUUGGUACUGUGGAGAACCUUGGCUUAAAGGAACACUGGCUUAUAACAACAUGCAAUAUGCAUGUAAAAUGCAUUCGAUGAUGAGGGCAAAAUUGGACAAGCUCGAUAAUGAGCAAAUCGACAAUGCAUCCAAAAUUCCAGAAUUGUGGUGUCCAGAUCACGAAAUACUUGUAAAAGAUUUUGCCGCGGCGUGUAUAUUUGAGAAAUCCGAACAACGUCCUUAUAUUCUAUUAGAAAAAUCGCCAUAUAGACCCAAAGGUAUAAACAACUCGGACAUGGCAGGCAUGCAGUGCAGCUUCGUAGCGUUAUUUUUACUCUGUCCGCAAAGUAUCGGAGUACACAAUGCGACUGAUGAAGAUAUAGAAGCUUUCUGUUACUUGUGGAGAUGCUAUGGAUAUUGUCUCGGAAUGGAAGACGAAUACAAUUUUUGUCGUGGAAGUCUCGAGGAAAUAAAACAGCGUACGCGAGAUUUGUAUCAAUACUGGCUAUUGCCUAAUUUUAAAGAUAUUACACCUGAAUGGGAGCAUAUGACGAGAUGUCUCGUCGAAUCUGUGAAUAACAUUCCUUUGAUAUAUAUGCCUUAUAAAGUAAUGACAUUAAUCUCUACAGACAUACUAAAUCUAAAUAUGUCGAAUUUAUACAAAUCACUCAGUUAUUCAGAGUGGAUUGCUCACAAAGUCUGGACAUUCAUAUUUCGAUAUGGUUUGCAAUUCUCCAUUGUAAAAUCAAUUUUUAAUAAAGUGGCAUACAAAUUACUUGACAUAGCGAUGAAUUUUGGUCCAGAAAAGCAAAUAGAACUCCAAGAAAAAUCGAAAAAACAAUUAUCGAAUUUUUCUGGUAUAUAUUAAUAGUUCAGUAUUAAAGGCGCACAUAAUUUUAUGGAAUAAAUUUAUAA